AUGUCUGCAACAGGUACUGAAUCUUUCAUUGAUGAAUUCUCAAAACUUUCAGCAAUAUUUACACAUGACGUAAAAUUUUGCGUUUUAACUACUCAAAAAGCCAAAAAAAUUUAUAAAAAAUAUGCGCAAUUCCUUCCUCAGCUUUCAUUCUUCACUGAUGGCGAAAUUGCAUACUCAAUACCAUAUCCAACUACAGAAAUGGAGCUUAUUUACGCUGUUGGCAUAUAUUUGCGUAAAAAUACUCCAAUUUUCGAUGAUUCCAAGAAGCUUCUCAAUGCGAUACCAGAUACACAGUUUACAAUAAUAUCACCUACAUCUAUUCUUGAAGAUUCGCAAGCGCUUAUCAAUGAAAUACAAGAAAAUGUUGGAUCUUUUAACGUUUUCGGAGCAACAGAAAAUGUUUUCAAGGAUUUAGGCUUUUCUGAUGAUAAAGUUUGCUUGUAUCGUAGAAAAGAUAAGAAAAUAUUACAAAUAGAUAAUAUUUCAAAUAUUUUGGAGUUUACAGAGACAUCCUUCUAUCCUAAAGUAGAUAAACAUAUGGCAACAAUGUUCCAAGAUUUCGUUGGCCUCCUUUGUGUCAAUGAAACAGCCACAGAAGAACAAAAAAAUUUCAUUUCUGAUUUAGGAGACAAAUACAGAGAAAUUACAUUUGGAAUUAUCAAGGAUAGUGAGUUAGAAAACAUCCAUGCCAUGACUAAUGGUAAAACAAGGCAAUUACCGUGCUUCAUUUUGUAUAAUUGGUUUGAUUACAUUUUCUUCCCAGUCCAGUACAAUUUAAGUCACGUAGAAGGACUUAUUAAUAGAGUUUUAGAUGGCCAAGUUGAGCUAAACUUCCCUUCUGAGUCAAUUCCGAAAAAUCAAAGUAAAUUAUUAGCGACAAAAGUCGUUGGAAUGACAUACGAGUCAUUUGUUGAGGAUCCCAAUUAUGAUACAGUCAUUUUCUACAUCGGAGAAGAUGGAACUGGCAUAGAUUUCGCAAAUAAAUUUGCGAAAUUCCUUAACAACAACAAUGUUUCAGGAAUUAAGGUCGGAUAUAUAUUAACAGGCCUUAAUUCAUGCCCGAGAUUGUUCCCAAGGCUUGUUUUCGAGCCACAAGUCAAUUUCUUCCCUAAAAUCAAUAAAACUGAGAACCAUACACAUUUCGGAUCACUAACACCUUAUGGGUUACUUGAAGGAUUGAAGAGAGUCUCAUCUGAGAACAUUUCAUUAAAUAAUUCAAUUUUCAGUUAUUCACAAGAGAUCAAAUAUCUCAUAGACUUGGUCCAGGAAUGGCCAGAUCUCCUUCAAGAUGAUCAGCCAUUCGCAGAAGAAUUUAUGCUCCAUAGAGGUAGACAGCUCGGCCUCGGUGAUGAUUUAGAUACAAUUAUUACUUCUCUCGAAGACUCUGUUGAUAAUGUGAUCGCCGGAUUUGAUGAUUCAAAGUUUGUUUUAAAAGAAAUCGAAGAUGAUGACUAUAUGAAAGUAAUUAAAGGACAACAAGUAAGUGAUGAAGAAAAGAAGGAACACAACCACAAGAAACAUCAUCACAGACAUCAUUAA